UCCCUCUCCGCUAGCCUGCCUCUUCACCUAUCAGAUUUCCUGUAUUCAGUGCCCUACCGCUCCUCCCACCUCCUAAAUGCAGCGCGGAGGGGACAACGAUCCCCGGCCUUGACCGAGCGCUACGAGAGGAUCCACUGCGCGCCGCUGCCUCUGCGGGCUGGGAUUCGGCUCUAGCUCUCUGCGGCUUCCAGCCCGGUGGGGUCCGUCGAGGGUGCCCAGCACACGAUAAGCUGCUUGAGUUCCGUGGUUAUCAGUCCCUUAUCUGAGGAGAGGACUUUGACAUGGCUGCAUACUGGAGACUACGCAUCCUAGAUAGUACCUGCUGAGUCUCACGGGCCCUGAGUGAUUCCUGAGUCAGAGUCAUCUUUUCAGGUGAACAGAGCGAACCCAGACCUGAGAGUAUGGAACACUGUACGUGGACAGCUCCUUGGAACGGAUUUUCCCUUGGCAUCUAGCUUAGCUUUCAAGCCAGAGGCUCUUUAUAACCAGCAAAAAAUGGCUUACCUGAAGAUGAGGUUGACCUACCUUUGCCUUCUGGUUCUAGGUGCCCUUUGUUUGUAUUUCAGCAUGUCCAAUCUGUCUGUCUUUAAAGAAGAGCCAUACAUUUUCAAGAAAGAAUAUGGGGACUUCCUCCAGCUCCCAGAUGUAGACUGCAGGCAACAACCCCCCUUCCUUGUGUUGCUGGUGACCUCAUCCCCCAGACAGGUGGCUGCUCGCAUGGCCAUCCGAAAUACGUGGGGGAGAGAAAAGACUGUGAGAGGAAAGCAGGUCAGAACUCUCUUUCUCCUGGGGAUGACAGCCAGCAAGGCUGACGUGAGAGAUGUGACCCAGGAGGGCCAGCAGCAUCGGGAUAUCAUCCAGAAGAACUUUGUGGACGUGUACUCCAACCUGACUCUGAAGACCUUGAUGGGUUUGGAAUGGAUCCACCACUUCUGUCCUCAGGCGGCCUUUGGGAUGAAAACAGACUCAGACAUGUUUAUAAAUGUGAACUAUCUGACAGAACUACUCCUGAAAAAAAAUAGAACAACAAGAUUCUUCACUGGCUACUUAAAACUGAAUGAAAUUCCAAUCAGGAAGAAGUUCAACAAAUGGUUUAUCAGUAAAUAUGAGUACCCAUGGGACAAGUACCCACCUUUUUGCUCUGGCACUGGCUACGUGUUUUCCAGUGACGUUGCAAGCCAGGUGUACAACGUCUCUGAAAGUGUCCCAUUCAUUAAACUGGAAGAUGUAUUUGUGGGGCUCUGUCUUGCAAAACUGAAAAUCAGACCGGAGGAACUCCACUCAGAACAGACCUUUUUUCCAGGGGGGUUACGUUUUUCCACGUGCCGCUUCAAGAGGAUCGUGACCUGCCACUUUAUGAAGCCUCAAGACUUGCUGAACUAUUGGCAGGCUCUGGAAAAUUCCCGGGAAGAUUGUCCAGUGGUCUGAGGGCAGCCCCAUGACACACUCCACAUCUGACAAACUUCAGAUAACCCAUCAUGAUAGCUUUGGCAAGAUUUCAGAUGGCAUUGCUGAGAAGCAUCAUAGAGUGGGGAAGGAGUGAGGAUGGAGGAGGGAGGCAGAGAGUGCGAUGCUGCUUUGUGGAGUUCCCGGUCUCCACUGAGAUGCAGUGUCAAUGCACCUAUCCACCUGUACCCCCUGGGGCGCCAAGCAAUAAUACAUACCAUCUCUUGAACACUUACACUGUUGUACUAAGUGUUCGAUACACACCUAUGUUUUCUCAUUUCAGGGGGCCGUAUGAAGUAGUAGAUAUUUUACAGAUAAGGAAGCAGCAGCUAAAAGGGUACAGUAACUUGUUCCGGGGCUCAUAGCCAAUAGACACCAGAGUGUACAUGAAAGUCAUGCACUCUUAGAAUCUGUUCUGCAGCCUUCAGCUAGUCUGCCCCUCUGUGUUACCUCCUUUGGGAGAGGCUCACAGGGGAGCCUAGCAGCUGGCAUUCUUUAGUCCCUUUCCAGGAUCCUCUCCAUCUCAACGCCCAACCUUUGUGCUUUUAGUGCUAAAACAGGAAUGAACGAGCUCAGCCUAACUGCUUCUUGCACUGGGAUGGGUGUAGCUGGAUGUGGAGACCAUGAUAGUGGCUCUGUGUUCAGCACCUCCCUUAAGAUAUACCUGCGGUGGGAACCAGCAGUUAGCGUAAUGGCUAUGUCGCUGGACUCCCACGUAGUC